AUGCGUGCCACCGUCGCACUAUUGCUGCUCGCGAGCGCGCGCGCAGUGGACUACCUGCAGGGCAACCCCAGGGCUGCAGCCAGGGCAAAAGCCGUAGCGCUCGUGGACGCGAUCGGCAGUGCCAGUGCGUUACCGGACCCGGACGUGUUACAUACAACGGCACUGGACUGGUCCGCCAUAGACGAGGGCCUCCUGCCGGCGACGCGGGAGCGGGACGACGAGCAGCGGCGUUCAAGGGCAUCAAUAGAAGCCUUGGCGACGGUCGCGCGCGCGCUGGACGGCGCGCGCAUCGUCGACCCGUGCGCCGGUCGCGGCGACGUGGCGCUGCCUCUAGCAUACUUUUUGAGGAAGGACGUGUUGCUCUGCGACGUCUCGGCAAGGGCACUCGACGUGGCAGCAGAGCGCGCGGACGAGGCCUCGCUCCAGAUCAAGACGAAGACCGUGGACUGCGCGGAAUUGGGACCACAUCUCAACAAAAAUGACUGCGUCGUCGCGUUACGGGCUUGUGGCGCCGUGGCCGACAUGGCCAUCGAAGCCGCGGUGGACAGUGGCGCGGCCUUCGUCGUGUCGCCCUGCUGCCUCUGGAAGGCCGUGGCGAAGACCACGAGUAAGGGCGGUCGCAUGCCUACGACGGCGCCGCCUUCGCUCAAUUACCCACGCUCGGCGUGGCUCGCAGGUUUUGACGUCUCUCCCGAAGAUUAUGUCACACUAGUCGACGCCGACGAGCCGCCUGCAGCUAGAGCUUCGGCGAUGUUGGGGGACGGCGCGCGGACGCGGCUCUUCCGGCAGGCGCGGCGGAUCCUCGAAGAAGAUAGGUUGCGCUACGCGAGCGAACGGGGCUAUGACGUGCGGCUGUUGAGGUUUGAAGGUGGGGAUAAUCCCCACGUCGGCAUCCUCGCCGGGGUGAGGGGAGACGGCGCGGCGCUCGCGGCGCUUGACUCGUAUCCGUUCGACGACGAUGAGCCGCUGUUUCCCUCCUGAGUAAAUCUGUGUGUGGUGUGGUCGCGGCGAUGGCGUGCACAUGUCUCCUCAUAUAACGCGACGGGUUUUACAACGCAAAAUUGUGCUGGUGCGGCAUUGCUCGCGUCGGGGAUACUUUCCUUUGUAUCAGGACACGGCUACUGUCCCCAUACGGCGGCACCUGCCGAAGCCGGCCGCCGGAAAAGCGUUUGAGAGGGCAAUCAAUUGGCUUCACAAAACAUACGUCCGCGGCGACUUCGCGAUCUGUCGCUCGUGCGCGCUGCGGGGAGCCGGGGUGCUCGUCGAUCCGGGCGCGAAACGCAUCUGGUUCUCCCGGAUGAUUCAAUUCGUCGGGUCGCGGGCAGUGCCCUUGCCGGCGUCGCAACCGAUUCUCGCCCAACUGCUGCGGACGCUCAAGUCCCACCCCGGCGUCGUCGUGCGGUUUGAGGGACAUGUGAACUCAACCUGCGGCCUGGAAUGCCGCGGCGCGACGGGGAAGCCCUGCAAGGCGGCGCGAAAGGUCGGAAGCGACAUGUGCGCGCGCUGCCCCGGCGGCGCCUACGGUUUAAGCAAAGCCAGGGCGGAAGCGAUCAAGUCCUUCGUUGCCAAGUGCGGCGUGGACACAGAUCGUGUGUACGCCGUGGGCUUCGCGGGCACGCGGCGCUUGAGCGACGACAUCACCGAGGAAAAAGGAGCCGUGAACAGACGCGUCGAGGUCCACAUGAUGCCCUACAUACCAGGCCGGUUGUAAGUACUUACGCAUAGGAAAC